CUCACUGCAUCUCAGACGAACUGGCCGUGGUGUCAUUGCGCCAUUUUUUGCGAGUCCUCUACUCAUUUUAUCUCCAUGGCGCAAACGCUAGCUCCCUCGCCAUCGAGCUCGAGUGCACGGGUCUUGCCUGGGUCUUUCACGCUGACCGAGAAGUCUGUAUUACGUCCGAUCCAGUCACUUGCUCCUGAAGAAAACAACAGAUCCUACGAUGGAUUCGACAGUUCUUUCUAUUUACCGACCGAUGUCCUUGACAUUGACGCUGGAAGUGGUGCUUCGCUUCUGAAGAGCGGUCCAGGACUGCAAGCAUGCGAUGCCGUCAAGCAAGACAGCCUGUGCGUAGUGUCGGAGGACCUCGCCGUUGAUCCCGAGGGUCUGGAUUCGAUCCCUUACUCUGAGAUACGGAACUCGAAAGCGAUUGUGGAGUCAGCAGACCCAUCAUCCCAGCAGCAGGAGAGCGAGAUUCCGUCGUCUAUCUCCCCGCUGGUUCACGAUGAUGAUCUCGAUAGUGACCCUCAAUGCGACACUCAAGAGGGGGGGUGGUCCUUGAGCGAUCUCGCAGAUGGCGGGUUACGGCUGCUACGGAAAGGCGAGCUGUGGGAAGAGGGGUCAAGGAAGAGCCCUCCGCAAGCAGCGGAUGAGAAGAAGAGGCGGCGGAGGAAGAAAAAAGGCAGGAAGUCGCGGACGUUGCUACUGGUGUCCAACUCGAGGAUCCGGUCGCCAGGGCAAGGCCAGGCGAAUCAUGGACCUGAGGCAAGCAUGGGUGGAUCAGUUUGGGAACAUCAUGCUGGAGGGACACGACAGCGAGCUCAUGGCUCUCGUUUUUUCGCUAGAGACGGCAACCAGCACUUCUCUCAGCGUCAGUACCACCAAUCAGCAACGUACACGCCUAAGCACUCCCCCACUCGCGCUCGCUCGCACAGGCUUCCAACUUCCAUGGAUGCAGCCGCGUGGGCGCUCUGCCAUCACCCGUCUUCGCCGCUCCGCUCCGCUCCCAUCGGGGCUGUGGCUGCAGCUGUGGCGCAGGCUGCGAACGCUGCGAGCGCUGCCAGUGCAGCAGGGAUGCCAGGAGGAGGCCACGGCUUCUGGCCCAUCAGACAUGACAUAAUGGGUCCAUGGCACAUGGGAUCCAUGGGAUCCAUGGGAUCCAUGGGAUCCAUCCCUGCCAUCCCCAUGCCCAUGUCGCUGCAGCUGCCUAUGGCUGCUCUGCGUCCCAUGAGUUCCACGCCACCCACCCCAUGCAGCAUGCAAGGCUCCUCAGUACCUGCACCGUUCCCAGCUGUCCCCCAGGCGACUGCAGCUGCUGCUCACUCAUGGCCCGCCAAACGAUGGCCCACAAGCAACGGGACAACGGGUAGCUUGCGGGCUGACGGCAGUGGGGAUGCCAGCGUGGCAGACAGCAGAAAUGGUGAUGCUGGUGGAAGAACAGUAGAGGAGUGCUUGCAGGCCAUGCAGGGGAUGUCCAUCGACCCAACCAAGUCCUGCACGCAGGUUGCCCAGCCUCCCAAGUGGAGCAGUUUAGCGGAGCGAGCAGCAGGCAGCGCCGACUGCCAGUGGGCGAGUGAUUGCAGCGAAUCCCUGGGACGUGGCGGCAUGUCGUCUUCAUUGCAUCUGCAGCGCCCCUCUUCUGCCCACAGCUCCUCAUCAGCCCCACCCGUGGUGCUGUAUGGGCAAGCAGAACUGCGCGCGAGCACAUAUGCGUCAGUGCAGUCCAGGCCAACCGCUAUAGCCUCCACGUCAUCCCAGCAUGUACCAACCAAUCAGCAACAGCCCAGCUACCCUGUAGACUCAUACCCCCAUCUGUCCCCCCCGUUCUUCUGGCAUGAGACAGUGUGGAUGCCUGGUUUCGCUCUCUCCCAUGGCUUCUUCCCUUCCUCCUACACCAACACCAGGACCAGCAGCGGAGCCAGCAGCAACAGCAUGCCAUUCCCUGGAUCUCUUCCUCUCCCUGCCAAUGCUGGCAUCGACUGGCCCGUGUUGCAGCAGCAGCACAUGUACAUACAGCAGCAGCAGCAGCAACAGCAACAACUAGAGCUGCAGCGGCAUCAGCAACAGCAGCAGGAGCAACAAAGGCGGCAGCAACAGCAGCAGCAGGAGCAACAGGAACCGCAGCCUCUUGUGAAGCUUGUCCCACAGAGCGUCGAAACCAGGAAGAAGGAGAGUGCUACCGACAGAGGAUUCCAGCAAGAACGUGUGCCAAGCAUUGAACCUUCACAGCGGGGACAGAUUGCUGUUGACACUGUGAGAGAGAAAGGAGAAGAGAACGUGAAUGAAACAUGCGAGCUAGAGGAAAUAUAUGGGAUGGAUGAUUGGUCGUCAGGCAAGGGGAGCAUCAAUCCUACAACGGGUAGUGGACACAAGGAGAGCACAGGAGAGCAAGGUACUGCGGUUCCUCCAGACAGCCUCAAUGCACGUGAUUGCCCCUCUGCCUCGCAGCCCGCACGCCCUUCCCUGCUGCAGUCCCCUCUUCAGAGCAGAGCCUCCUCCCGCCUCAAGCCAUGUGACUCUCUGCACGUGCAGCUCUCUCUGUCCCUCCAGAUUCCUCCACCCCAUGCCUCCUCUCGCCUCUUCAGGAAGCCGACACGCACCCGCAGAUCCCCAGGCCUACGGGUGCUAUCACCAGGCCUCAGUCCCACUCGGAAGCAGCUGCUUGCAGCAGAGAUUGCUCACAGCAUGGAGCACAGAGGGCCUCCUUCCCCACGCUGCGCUACUUCCCCACGUCUGCACUCCUGCCGCACUUCGUUUCCCCCCUGCAUCCCCCGCUCUAGCCCCACCUUUUCUUUCCUCCCUGAUUCGCUCUCGCCACUGCACUCCCCACUAGUACUCUCCCCUACUGUCGCUGUGCACAUUUCACAUCCCUUGUCCCCAGUUUCCCCCUGCUCCCCUGGUUGCUGCGCGCAAGGCAUCGACCCAGCAAGAAAAGGGGAGGGUGUUAAGUGUGUUAGGGACAAUGGAAAGACUGCAGAGGAUGGGUUAAAGGAGGCAGGAGGAAUGGAGAAGGAAGAGAAGGCACGUGUUGGAGUGAAGAGUGUCAACAGUGCAAGGGCGAAGACACUAAAGCGAAGUCCACUUGGGAUGUGAGCACAGUGAAACCCUCCAGCGAUGCCCACAGCCCAGCCUUUGGUAGUGAUUCUAUGUCCAUAACCGCUUUCAGGGGUAUUUAUAGCUCGCUGACUACGCUGCAAAUAUAUGGAACUGUCAAAAACCCAACCUCAUGUCCAUAGAAGGUUGGGCAUUUGGCCUAAAUUCGAGACAGAAACAAAAGGCUGUAUACAUGUUAUGAGUUCUGGAGCUUCAAGCGAGUUUAUCCGCUACUCGGAAGCCGCUCUUACCGGAUUUGAG